CGACUGGAAAGGAUGACAAAGCCGACUUAUCGUAUGGAAUUCUCGAAAGAUUAUAUCUCUAAGGACCUGACCAAAGUUUGGAAGGAGCAGGUGGAACCCGUCUUCGCAUAUCAUGGCCUAACCUGCACAAUGGAUGAGGAUGAGUGUAAAAUGAUCCUAGAAACAGGUAAUUCUGAUGGCGGAUAUAUCAUUGAAAGGGCUAGGCGUGCUCUCGGUGCUCUCGCCUGUGGUCUGAGCGCACAAUGGGUUAAACCAAUAUUACUCGGACAAAUCUAUUGUGAUAUGAUUGAGAUAGAGCCACCAGAAGGGAUCUGUGAGGAACAAUUUUUAAGCAAUUAUGAUGAUUUCAUCGACAAAUUUGAUAACUUAUAUGAACUCCAGAAGAAGUGGUACUGCUACGUUCUUUAUUUUGAAAAAUGUAUAACGGUCGUGGCUACUUCGUUUCAAGCAACAUGCGCAAUAAGGUCCCUUGUUCAGGACAGCCUUCUUGGCACUAUCCCCAUUCAAGAUAAGGUUGAGAAGCUGACUGGAUAUAUAGAAGAAUACGAUCCGAAGGGAGAAGUUUUAACAAAUAAUCUAGAGUUCUUUUCCUCUUUGCUUGAUGGAAUUGCUGAAUAAGAUUUAUACUGCAUAACUGGAAGAUGGUCAAGACCCCGACUCUAUGCAAGAAGUUCUAAUAAAUUCUUGAUACCUUGUUCCGGCUCUUGUGAUGGAAAAACAUAUUUGCUUAUUUUCUUGUGUUGUGUUUUUAUUUAUUCAUAAGUUAAAUUUCAUGUAAGAUAAUAAUUUUUGUUAAUUUUGUAUGCGUACAUUUUGUCGCUUCUAUUUUCUAACUGGUUAGAUUUCAUUC